GUCAGCCCAUUGCAUUUCGCAGGCGUGGGCUAUCUUGCUCCGCUAUAGGGUCUUUGGUUGCCGGGGUAACUGAGGCCUGUGCGGCCUAGUGACUCGGAGCUGCCUCACUCUAGCUCGCCGUGCGGACGGACGGACAUCGGCAUCCCGCCUGGGAAUCGCUCCUAGCAUCGCCGACCCCCGUAGCCUCACCUCCCUCCCUCCCUCUCGCAGUCACGGCCUCGGCCUCAACCUCAACCCCAGCCCCGGGCCUGCUGCUCGGGGCGACGGCGGUGGGGAAAACCCUGCUGCUCAAGACGCUGCACAAGAUGAGCUUGAAAGGAGUGACUGGUGAUCUCGACGAAACCCCACCUACUCUCCCAACGGUGGGAACCAACUUAACCGACAUCACCAUCAACAAGAGGAGAAUUACGAUUCGAGAACUGGGAGGCUGCAUGGGUCCCAUCUGGCCAAGUUACUACGCCGACUCUGAGGCUGUGAUGUUUGUCAUCGACGCUGCCAAUCCCACCCAGAUCUCGUCCUCGUGCAUUCAGCUGCUGGAGGUCCUCACGGCUGAGCAACUGCAGGAAACUCCGAUCCUGAUCCUCUUCAACAAAGUUGAUCUACCCUGCCACAUGUCCCUGGUAGAAAUGAAAAGCCUGUUCCGGUUGGAUGACAUACUUGCCUGCUCCAAGCAGAGAAUCAGCGUGCUGGAGGUGAGUGCGCGGACCGGCAGAGGCUUGGACCAGCUCCUGAAGUGGCUGCACACUCACCUCAAAGGGAAGCACUCGUCCUGAAGGCAGUAAACUCUGCGCCUUGCUUCCCACACCCUCGCUCCACUGAUAAUGUUCGGGAGAGCCCAGACACACCACUGCCUGCCACGGUUUCCUUAGUGUGUAAGGAGGUACUGCAGACGCUGGUUUAAACCGAAGAUAGACAAAAAAAAAGCUGGAGUAACUCAGCGGGACAGGCAGCAUCUCUGGAGAGAAGGAAUGGGUGACAUUUUGGGUUGAGACCUUUCUUCAGACUGAGAGUUAGGGGAAAGUAUAGUGUGUUGGAAAGAACUGCAGAUGCUGGUUUAAACCAAAGAUAGAGACACAAAAAGCUGGAGUAACUCAGCGGGACAGGCAGCAUCUCUGGAGAGAAGGGAUUGGUGUCGUUUCGGGUUGAGUCUGAAGAAGGGUCUAGGACCGAAACAUCAGCCAUUCCUUCUCUCCAGAGAUGCUGCCUGUCCCGCUGAGUUACUCCAGCUUUUUGUGUCUUGCGCAAUGCAUCUUGUACUGGUGAAUGGUUCACCCUAGGGUGAAUUAAAAUAUUUUGGGGUGAAUUACUUAAGUUAUGUUUUUUGCUCACGUGACAAGAUAAAUGAUAUAUAUAAUUAUACACAAGGGAGAAUGAGACGAAAAUUGCCAAAAAAAACAUAAGAACAUUUAGGCGAGGGUGAAUGACAUUUUGUGAAGACUCAAGGGUGAAUGACACUGAAAUAGUUUAAGAAGCACUGAAAAUGCUACUGUUUCCUUAGUAGCUGGAAGGUGUUGAAUCUCCCAGCGUCUGUAUCCGAGAGACACACGCAGUGGCCAAAUUCUGUGCUUUCUGAAUUGCUCUCAGCCUUGUGAGGAAGACAAAGGUGCAUCUAAAGUACAUUUGUAACAAAGCAUAUUCCCCCCCCCCCCCACUUCUACCCUCAGUCGGAAGAAGGGUUUUGCCCCAAAAUGUCACCUAUUCCUUUUCUCCAGAGAUGCUGCCUGACCCGCCAGGUUACUCCAGCUUUUUGUGUCUAUCUUCGGUAUAAACCAGCAUCUGCAGUGCCUUCCUGCAUAGAAUGGAAACAUUGUAGGUGGUCACAGUGGCGCAGCGGUAAGAGUUGCUGCCUCACGGCGUCAGAGACCCAGGUUCGAUCCUGACCUCGGGUGCUGUCUGUAUGGAGUUUGCGCGUUCUCCCCUUGAAGCGUGGGUUUCCGCCGGGUGCUCCGGUUUCCUCACACAUCCCAAAGAAUUGCGGGUUUGUAGGUCAAUUGGCUUCUGCAAAUUGUCCGUAGUGUGUGUAGGAUGGAACUAGUGUGGGGAUCGCUAGUCAGUGCGGGCUCGGUGGGCUUAGGGGCCUGUUUCCACACUGUAUCUCUAAAGUAAAAAUAAAUAACUCCUGCCUCAUUAUCUUCUUCUUGCGUACGGCGUGCACAGCCUAAAGUUGUAGGACAACUUGUUCUAUUUGAUUGUGCACACUGGGUUGAUUGCAUUCAUCGAAACGCGUGAAGGUUGCAAUCUCCCACCCCACCUAUAUUAUAAACAUGACACUAAAUGUGUACGAUUCCAGUUGCAGUUUGGGUUUAAUGUACCUGUACACAGAAAAUAUCAGAAAUUCUAUACUUAUCGACUUAAAAAUCCCUCUGUAAUAUUUAUGUCAUUUUUCUAUUUAUUUUUAUUUUUAAAUAAACGUUAAUCUUAAAAAUAUGUACAAGGCACCAAACUACACUUGGCUUUCUUUACAUUGUGUUGCUUAGUUUAUACAUUUGUACGGCGAGCACAUUGCCUGUUACCUCAGUAAAUAGGAAACUCAUUGUACCAGCAGCCACCGACUUUAUGCAAACAUAAGUGUAGGAGUAGGCCAUUCGGCCCUUCGAGCCAGCACCCCCAUUCAAUAUGAUCAUGGCUGAUCAUCCAAAAUCAGUACCCCGUUCCUGCUUUCUCCCCAUAUCCCUUGAUUACGUUAGCCCUCAAGAGCUAAAUCUAACUCUUUUUAAUACAUCCAGUGAAUCGGCCUCCACUGCCUUCUGUGGCAGAGGAUUCCACAGAUUCACAACUCUUUUCCUCAUCUCACUCCCUAAAUGGCCAACCCCUUAUUUUUAAACUGUGACCCCUGGUUCUGGACUCCCCCAACAUGGGGAACAUUUUUCCUGCAUCCAGCAUCCAAUCCCUUAAGAAUUUAAUAUGUUUCUAAAAGAUCCCCUCUCAUUCUUCUAAAUUCCAGUGUCUACUAUCAUUAUAGACCUCAGUCUUUUCUCUUCACCCAGCAGUGUUUGUUCUCUCCAUAGCUGCAACUUCAAGACUGGUGCUGAAAGAUAAAGAUGUACUGCUUGUAUUUAAUGUGCAUGUUAUGAAUAAAGUACAUUUCCGAAA